CAGUUGAGAGAAACUUCCACAAGAAUCACAAAAACAGCAAUCAUUGCAGGUUCAACUAGUUAAAUAAUUUCGGUGAAAAUUUGCAGCUUGAUUAAAAUUGCAUUAUCUGAAGUGUUUUAUCAGUUAGUAAGAGCAAACCUCGCUCGUCGGUGUGCAUGGACAACGCUGUCAAAUAGGAUUUAUUCAGCUUAAAACUCACGGUAAAACAACAGUGUAUUGAUCGUGGAUGCAACGUUAACUGUAUAAGAGAAGACCAAAACUGAAGCAGCAGUAUGGCGGUCUACUGCUGGGGCAAUACCGUCCACGGCGAGCUCGGAUUAGGUGGCAUCGAAGAUGAGCAGGUUCUUCUUCCGCGCGAAAUGGACUGGUGCCAUUCGUCCAGCGUACAGCAGGCUGCCUGUGGCGCCUCGCACACCCUCCUGCUGACCAAGGAUGGAAAGUUGUUCUCCUGCGGGAACAACGACCACGGACAGCUGGGUCACGAUACGGACAAUCUGCCCAACAAACGGCCACGUACGUGCCGCUUUAAGUUCAUCUCAUCGCUGGAAAACUACAUCGUAACGCAGGUUACAUGCGGCAACUCGCACUCACUCGCCCUAACCAACUGGGGCCAAGUGUUCAGCUGGGGUUCCAACGCGAUCGGACAGUUGGGCCACGACUCCGAUCUGCAAACAUACGGCACCCCGCGAAUGGUCAGAACGAUCGCCACGAAAACCGUUGUCCAGAUCGCAUCCGGCCAGUUUCACUCGCUAGCGCUCACCAACAGCGGUGAACUGUUCUCGUGGGGCGCCAACGGGUAUGGUCAGCUGGGACUGGGUACGACCACCGAAAAAGUGGUCACCCCAACGUUGGUGAAAUCGCUUGCCGGAAUCCCGAUCGCAUUUAUCGCUUGCGGAGGUAAUCACAGUUUCGCCGUUUCCAAAUCUGGUGCAAUAUUUGGUUGGGGGAAGAACACGUUUGGGCAGUUGGGUUUAAAUAAUCUCGUUUCCCGGUGCUUUCCACAACAGUUGAAAACACUGCGAAACUUGGGGGUGCGGUACAUCAGCUGCGGCGAUGAUUUCUCCGUUUUUCUGACACAGGAGGGAGGCGUGUUCACAUGCGGAGCGGGCACCUUCGGUCAACUGGGACACGGCACGUGUAGCAACGAGAUCCUUCCCAGGAUGGUGUUUGAGUUGAUGGGUAGUAAGAUUACGCAGAUUGCUUGCGGACGGAGGCAUACGUUGGCGUUUGUACCUUCCAGGGGAAAGAUAUACGGGUUUGGAUUGGGCGGAGUCGGACAAUUGGGAGUAGGUGUCAGUACCAAUUAUAAUACGCCACAGAUUGUGCGUGGGCCUUGGAUUGAUCCGGGUCCGAAAACACUUGAAAGCCUCAGUUCUAAUUCAACAAAUGACUUGAUUGUGGGAAAAAUCUUCGCCGGUGGUGAUCAAUGCUUUGUUUCUCUUCAAAGUAAUGAUCAUGAAAGUAUAGGCUCUGCAGAUUAUCGCUUAUACGAACCAGGCUCUCAGAUCUUGACGAUGUCCGCCGAAAUCAGCAAUAGCCUUUGCCGCAUUCAACCGGAAGACAACAUCGACAUUGAUUUGCUCAGUGUGAUCGAAACCGUCUUCAAAAGUUUGGCAUGCUUCAAUGGCUCUUGGCUACUGCCCAAUGAGCAGCACCAGUGCUGUUCAUCUAAACAACCCGGAGUCGACAUGGAGGCCGCAGAAGUAUCCUUCGAAAACAUUCGGAAAAUCGAACACGACACUUUGAAGCAGUUGAUCUGGGAAUCGAUCUCGAGCGAUCUUAUCACCUCGCUGGUGGCGUCUCCUGCUGAUGUGGAAACGCUACGCAUUUAUCUAACGCUGCCAAUGUAUCACGAAUUUAUCAAUUCAAAGAACUACGCCAAACUACACUCGCCCUUCAGUCUAGCUGUUCAGAAACUGCAGAAAAAUCCAUUCACCAUCGUCAGUCGAUGGUGGUCCAACCAAUCGGUUGAAUAUUUUGAACGCAUGGUGGAGAACUUCAAAAGCGUCAUUCUGUACAUAAUCAACUUCAAAUUCCCCAAAGUGGUGGGCAGUAAUGGCGAGGAGCGUCAGGAAAUACGUUACGAGUCGAAUCUAGCCGCAAUGUUGGACAUCGUAGGAAUCCUGUACCAAAUAAACCACAUCGAGCGAAAGCAAAAAUUGCCUUAUGAACAGUUCCACAUCCACGAGAUAGACGACUUGAUCGACAUCCGGCUGGACUACGUCCGCUGGGUAACCGACACCAACGGGACCUACUUCUCACUGUGCAAUUAUCCAUUCAUCUUCAAUGCGUCCGCCAAGACGUACUUACUGCAAACGGAUCAGGGACUUCAAAUGCAUCAAGCCAUGCAGGACGCAGCGCACGCCAGUUUUCUCUCGCUCUUCCGACCGGAUGUCAACAUUUCGCAGUUCAUCGUGUUGAAUGUGUCGCGGGAAAACAUCGUGCAGGACACGAUCCGGGAGCUGGCCCAGUACACACCAAACGAUUUGAAGAAACCGCUCAAGAUUAAGUUCCACGGCGAGGAAGCCGAAGAUGCCGGUGGACUGCGGAAAGAAUUCUUCAUGCUGUUGCUCAAAGAUAUCCUGGAUCCCAAGUACGGCAUGUUCAAAACGUUCGAGGAGUCCAGAUCUAUUUGGUUCACUGAGGACUUCUUCGACAACGAGGAGGCCAUGUUCGCUCUGAUCGGAAUACUUUGCGGGUUGGCUAUCUACAAUUUCACGAUCAUCAAUCUACCGUUUCCGCUGGCGUUGUACAAGAAACUGCUGGACGAACAGGUGGACUUGUCCGAUUUGAAGGAUCUGUCACCAACAGUGGCGCAAUCCAUGCAGUCCAUUCUCGACUACACGGAAUCGGACUUUGAAGAAGUUUUCGACCUGUCGUUCUCAACGACGCGGGAUUACUUCGGGGAGAUGCAGACAAUCGAGUUGAUGCCCGGAGGCGACAAGACGCGGGUCACUUUGGAGAACAAGGAAGAAUUUGUUCGCCUCUACAUUGACUACGUGCUGAACAAAUCAGUGGAUAAGUCAUUCAAACAAUUUCGACUAGGGUUCAUGAAGGUUUGCGGUGGCAGUGUCCUCAAGUUGUUCAAAGCUCACGAACUGAUGGCGGUGGUUAUCGGUAAUGAGGAGUACGAUUGGCAUCUUCUGGAGGAGAACGCCGAGUACAAAAAUGGAUACAAGUCCAGCGACCCCACGAUUCGGUGGUUUUGGGAGGUCUUCCACGAGUUGCCACUAGAGGAAAAAAAGAAGUUCUUGCUUUAUCUAACAGGCUGUGAUCGUAUACCAAUUCAAGGCAUGAAAGCAAUCAAGAUCCAUAUUCAACCAACGCCCGACGACAAGUUCCUGCCGGUGGCACACACCUGCUUCAACCUGCUCGAUCUACCCCAGUACAAGACGAAGGAAAAACUCAAGUACAAGCUGCUGCAAGCAAUUCAGCAAACUCAGGGCUUCAGUUUGGUAUAGCCAGCACGUGUGAGUAUUCCGCAACCCCUAGAUAUGGAUACGAUACUCGAUUACAAAAUCCCAGAUUCCGUUGAAACUCAUAGAAGACUGCCAGAGAAGGCCGCCAUCAAAAUUAAUUCAACCCUUGCGGGUGCAUUGUGUUACAGGAAAUCCACUUUAAACAGAAAUUCAUACGGUCGGUCUGGGUGGGUGAGCAUUAUGUUAGAACUCAGAUAUACUGUACAAGAGAGCUUUAAUAUGCUUUUAUUGGGCAAAUAGAUUAUUAGACGUAUGACUGACUGCGUUGUCGACCUAUUCAUUGGUCGGAAGCAGGAAAUUUUAAAUUAUAAAUUAAGAAUUGUUUGUUACUGAGAGAUGAAAAAAAUCAACUUAUUUAUUCCAAUCUUUUGACCAGUGAUUCAGAAGCGAAGCAUCCACAUAAUGCUUUUCUUCAUAUACAAUUAGUUAAGAUGGUGAUCUCGGUUAUUUCCAUUUGUUAGUUUACCCGAAUUGGAGAUGAAUCGGACAAAAAAAAAUCCGCACUGGUAGCAGAGUUCAUUACACGUUUAAAACAAACAACUUGCUUGAAAUUCAACUGGCUAGGCCAACGAAUAGGCUGCAAUGCGAAGCGAUGUAGCCUUGAUGUUUGAUCGUUAACUAGGUUAAAAUAAAAGAUUUAAAAUA